AUGUGCGCGUAUGCUGCUGCUCUGGCGUCCAAGGAGGCUGCACUGCGCAAGUUUGCCCGACUGACCCAGAUUCCGUAUGAUGUGGUGGCUGGCAAGGCACCCGCCGCACCGCUUGCACCGCCGCCAGGCCUCCCGCCACAGGCUGUACCGCCACAAAACCCCCCGUCACAGGGUGUGGCUGCAUCGGGAGUGGGUGGUGCUGGUGGGCCGCGGAUGCAUCCGUCGCGGAUGGCGCGGCUGCAGGGCCGACCGGGCAUUGCUGGCGGGCUAGGGCUGGCGCCUGCGGCUAGCGGCGGCGUUGCUCUGGCUGCGCCGGGUGGGCAGAGGGUGACAGUGACGGUACAUGUGCCCGACGCGGUCUCGCUGGGAGUCAUCGGGCGAAAGGGCGAGACAAUCGGGCUCAUUCGACAGACCUCGGGCGCGGAGAUCAAGGUUGCAGAGCGGGAGGAGGUUGUCGAUGGCAUGCGGUGGAUCCGGAUUACAGCGAGCUCGCGUCACGAGGCCGAGCAGGCCGUCCUGAUGGUCUACAACAGCGCCAUCGAGUACGGCGCUGCCCAUGGCGUCAAGCUCUCCAUGCCGGCCCGUGAUGCAAACGGCUUUGUCGGCCCGGUUCUGGUGUAGCAAGAGUAAACGAGUGAGUCGCUCUC